AUGACUACUCUAAACACUGAUGGCUCAUGCACAAGAGUGAAGAACCUUGUAAACUAUAAGUAAGCAAGAGAUGAGAGGAAGCUAAGCAAGUCAAGUACGAAUGUGUCAAAUUAGGUUGGAACCGCCUAAAAAGGGAAAUUUAAUAAGCAAUUGAAAUUAUACACAGAAGAAGAUAUUAAGGUGCUGGUAAACUAAAAUACCAUACCUGUUUAAUAGAUUCUUAUGAAUGUAAAUUAAACUUGUACUAAUUAGAUGUACUAAUCCCGUCGGGAUACAAUCAUAUAGUCUUCGAAAUCCAAAGAUCAACUACAAUGUAUAAUUGAGAAGCUCCCUCGAAGUUAAAAUUUUAGUCCAGUCAAGAGUGCAGACAAAUAAAAUUCUAACAAUCAAGACAUCAAAAAAGGCUAGAAUAAAUUAGUAUCUAAUGAUCAGACAAAACUUUAAGAGUACUCCAAAUUUUAGUUUGAAAGUCACAACAAACUUAAGAUGAAACUUUAAGUUGAGAAGGAAGAGAGUUCUCUUGUAAGAAGUCAGAUCAAAGAUCCUGAGAAUACUAAUCAAUAAACUGCUUUCUAAGUGAUCAGAAUUGAAUGUGCUGGCAACAAUAACAUAGUUUUUAAGAAACAUGAUUAAAAUAAGAAUAAAAACCGCCCUAUUGUUUUAUUAGACAAUGAUGAUCCAAACUGUCUUGACUUUCUUGAUAACGAAGAGUUAAAUAAUAAUACUGAAGAUUACUAUGCAACUGAAAAAAUUGAAUAUACUAUAGAUGAUUAGGAGGAAGAAGAGUCACCUUUAAAUUAUGAUAUAGUUAAAGAAGAAAUGCCAAAACUAACUAAAAAAAGCCUUACAUUUUUCCAAAGAAGAUUUCAACCAUCAAAUAGCAAGAGUCCCAAAAGAACUCAAAAUAUACUGAGAAACAAUCAGCCAAUACAAAUCUAUGAUAGGAAUUGUAAGGAAAGUUCUAAUGAGUCCCCGCUUCAAAGUAUUAAUAGUCGGAAAAGGCAACAACUUGGCAACUAAAUUAUCCGUAGAUAAAAAAGUAUAAUUUAGAUGAUGAAUUAGAAAAAUGCUGAUGUAAAUAGAGAAUCUCUAGGAAAACAAUUUAGGACCAAGGUAAACUCUCCUAUUUAAGAACUUAGCAAAUGUGAAAGCGUAACUGAAUUUGCAGAUGCAAUCAGAGAUGUAUCCAAGUAAUCUCCCAAGAAAUCUAAGAAUAAGAGUCCUUCAAAGGAGAAAAUGGUAAAGCUUGAAAAGUAGUAUUCAAAUACUAUAUUAAAUACAGAGAAUUAUAACUCAAGCAAAAAUAAAAUAAGACCCAAAAAAAAUUAAUCAAAUGACAGAACCUCUACCAAUUUGAGAAAAUCCUAAAAUUAUUUAUAAGGUAACAAGAUUUCUUAAAAUAGAUAAUCGAAUUUGAGCAGUAAAAACAAUAAAUUUGAACUUAAAACUGUUAAUAAUGCUUUCUAGUGUAAUCUCCAUAACUAAAUCUAGCCAAAGAGGCAAUCGAUACUUGAAAGACUUUUGACUUAAUAUGAAACCAAUCAAGAUAAUAAUAUUGAUACAGUUGUAUCUCCUCUUAAUACAUAGAAUGACUUAAUUGAGAUAAAUUAAUCAAAACAUAAGAUUUCUGGAGCAACUUCAAGAGGAUAGUAAAAAAGAUCAAACAUUGAUUUAUUGUAACAGACUUAGAGCCGAUAACCAUAAACACUUCAGAAAAAGCUAAACAGCUAGAGAAUGAUUGAAGAUCCCUAGGUUAUAAUUGAUAAAAGCUAGACAAAGAUAAAGAGUCCAUAAAAGCAGCUUUUAUAAUAGAAGUUCAUUGCUUCACUUGCCACUACUAGAUAAUCUAGUUAAAGAAAUUCAAUUACUUCUAACCAAGUAGGUCUUAAAAACAAGUGA